AUGGCGAUUACUAUUAAACUUACAAUCACUCUUCUUCUUCUUCUUCUUCCUCUCCAAGCAUUCUUCCAAACCUGCCAUGGCGAGUCAGCUGGCAUAGCUGUCUACUGGGGUCAAGAUGGUGGUGAAGGAAACUUAACGGAGGCUUGUACCAGUGGCCUCUAUUCCUAUGUCAUCAUAGGCUUCAUUUCUGAGUACGGCGGUCACCAACCUCCUUCCGUCAACCUUGCCGGUCACUGCAGCCCGUCCAUCAACGACUGCAAGUUCAUUGGCCCGGAGAUCACCGAAUGCCAAAGCCUAUGUAUCAAGGUCUUAAUCUCCAUUGGUGGACCAUUUGGUGGUAUCCAGUUCCUCACGGACCCCGAUGAUGCUAUAUACCUCGCAGAUUAUAUUUACAAUAAUUUCUUGG